CCACCCGGUGCGCUCUCAUAACAAAAACGAGCGUUCCCGGUAGAGGAACAGCCGUUUUGGUCUUGUUUGAGCAGAAGCUCUUAGGAUAACACGCAGCUAAUUCUGUAUUUCUCCGUGAGAAGGGUCUGUCCUCACUGUUGUCUGCCUCACAGGUACAAUGGUGAACUGCUGUGGUCUGCUCACUGACAAGAAGGAACAAGUUCCUCUGAAGAGCAUUGAUGCUCAACUGGAGGUGAAGGACCAUGUAGCUACUCUGGUCUCCACUCUGAACUAUGAGAACAAGGAGGACAAACCUCUAGAGGCUGUGUUUGUCUUCCCUCUGCCUGGAGAUGCUGCUGUGUGUCAUUUCAGUGCUCAGAUUGGAAAAACACACAUUGUAGCUGAGGUGAAGGAGAAACAGCAGGCUCAGGAGGAGUAUGACGAUGCCCUGAGCUCCGGUCAGCAGGCCUUCCUGUUGGAGGAGAGUGAGCAGAGUCCAGAUAUUUUCUCUCUGAAAGUGGGCAGGCUGCCUCCAGGAGAGAGCGCCUCCAUCAGGCUGGAGUACGUCACUGAGCUGGCUGUGCAGGCUGAUGAUGGGUUGAGGUUCUGUCUGCCUGCUGUGCUCAACCCUCGAUACCAACCUCAGGGUAGUGAAGGUCCCAGUGUCCAGGUGACCUCAGUACCAGCCUCUCUGGUGCCCUACAGUCUGUCCUUUUCUGCCAGAGUGUCCUCUCCUCGUCCAGUUUCUAAAAUAGAGUCCAGUUGCUCUCUGGAGCCUCUUCAGUAUCUCAACGCUGAUCAAACUCAGGCCACGGUGAAGUUGGGUGGAGGACACAAGUUUGACAGAGACAUUGAGCUACUGAUUUAUUACAAAGACACCCACCAGCCCUCUGCUGUGGUGGAGGCAGGACAGGCCUCUGCCAAACCUGGCUCUCUGAUGGGUGACCCAGUGGUGAUGGUUAGCCUUUACCCUGAGUUCCCCCAAUCAGUGAUGUCAUCACUCGCCACCUGUGGAGAGUUUGUGUUCUUGAUGGAUCGAUCAGGAAGUAUGGGCUGCCCCAUGAACAACAACACACCGCAAGAAACUCGCAUUAGCAGUGCACGGGACACUCUGCUGCUCCUGUUGAAGAGUUUACCAAUGGGCUGCUACUUCAACAUUUACAGUUUUGGUUCCUCCUUUGAGCACAUCUUCCCUAAGAGUGUGGAGUAUAGUGAGAAGACCAUGGAGGAGGCUCUGAAAAAGGUUGAAAAAAUGGGAGAUGAUCUUGGAGGAACAGAAAUUCUUCAGCCUCUCAAACACAUUUACAGCCAAGCCUGCAUUCCCAAACAACCUCGACAGUUGUUUGUCUUCACUGACGGAGAGGUUGGAAACACCAAAGAAGUUACUGAUCUUGUUAAGAAGAAUGCAGGCUCCCACAGGUGUUUCUCUUUUGGGAUUGGAGAAGGAGCCAGCUCUGCUCUCAUCAACGGGAUGGCCAAAGAGGGUGGAGGUCACGCUCAGUUCAUCACUGGGGCUGACAGGAUGCAACCAAAAGCGAUGCAGUCACUCAAGUUUGCACUGCAGCCGGUUGUGGAGGACAUUUCUGUCUCUUGGGAUUUACCAAAGGGAGUGUCCGCCACCGUUCUCUCUCCACCCAUUACAGCUAUUUUUCAGGGUCAAAGGUCACUGAUUUAUGCUCAGCUAACUCUACAGAGUUCAGAGGAAGCAGAUGGCAGUGUGACAGUGAAGUACAGCCUGGCAGGUCAUCCCUCUCAUAGCCAGCUGCACUUCAAUCUCAAACCUGCAGAGGACUCUGGAUUAACAGUCCACAGACUGGCUGCUCGUACUGUGAUUCGCUCCCUGGAGUCUGAGGAGAGGACACAAAGUGAGCAGAAAGAUGAAGACAUGAAGAAGAAGGUGGUGGAGCUCAGUGUCCAAUCAGGAGUGAGCAGUUCUUUCACUGCCUUCAUUGCUGUUAACAAAGACAGCGGCGAGUCCGUUGAAGGACCUCUGGUGCGCAGAAAUGUCCCAACACCUUUCUAUGGAGUGAGCGGGAUGGCUACAGCUUGUUAUAGUUCACCACCUGGUAGAAUGAUGCCUCUCUGUGGAAUUGCACCAAUGAGAAUGAUGAGUCGUGUCCAAAGAUGUGCACCAAUGCUUAUGAUGUGUUGCGAUGCUCCACCAGUUUUGGCAUGUGAAAAUUUUGAUAUGCCACAGUCAUGUGACAUGCUACAAGAACUUCAGGAAGAAUCCAGUGAGCCAGAAGCUGUGCUACCCAGUAAAGACCCUCUGCUGCAGCUGGUGUCCCUGCAGAAAGCAUCUGGCUGCUGGAUGCUUGAUGCAAAUCUGGCUGCUGUGCUGGGAAAGACCAGCGAGCAAGUGGAAAAGGCAAAGCCACAGUCGGUCAACAAUGAAGUGUGGGCGUCCAUUCUGGCUCUGAUUUGGCUUCAUGGUUUUAAGAUGGAUGCAAAGGAGGAGUGGGAGCUUCUGUCUAUGAAGGCCGCAUCAUGGAUUAAAGCUCAAAACGCUCCAUGUGUGUCGGAGUGUGUUGAAGCUGGAAAUACACUGCUGGGUUGCGUGAAGAAAGAAGCUCUGGGGCUCUGAGGUUUACCGACAGGCUUCAGCUCUACUAUGGAAGCACCUCAGUGCAGGAAGGAAAACACUGAAGUUGUUGAUGACCAAGAACAAGCUUAGGACUUUAUUUUCUUUUUGCAAAAUUUAACCAAGAAUCUGCCAGCAUGCCUUUAGAUAUUUACACUAUAUGCAUAAAAAAGAAGCCAUGGAGCAUAGCUUUAUACUUAAACUUUCAGCAUAUGGAUUUUAACCAGUUUUACUGAAACAAUAUGUUCAUGUAAUAAAUGAAUAAAUGCAUAAAAAUAAAAAAGAAUGCCAAUAA